GUUUAAUAAGUCUGAUAAUGAACUUAUGAACCAUAAGGAAUACUAUUAUAGAUUGGCAGAUUGAUUGUCUACCAGUCGUUGUUGUAUGGUUUACCUAGGUAUCAACGUUUUCUACUGACGUAUCUACUGACUACAAACAGGCUACACGCGACUACACGUUUAUUAUAAUUCGGGUCUUAGUAGACAGUAAUUGUAAUUACAUCUUAUAUUACCAGGCACAAUGUCUAAUCAAAUUGUUGGCAACGAGAGCAACAAGGAGAAUGCACCGAAAAAUGAAGAAAAGAAAAUUCCCAUAUUUUCAAUUGAAAUAUUAAAGAUUAUUAAGGAAGCCCAACAGCAACAUGGCUUAAGGCAUAAUGAUUAUCAAAGAUAUAGAGGUUAUUGUACCCGACGUAUCAGACGUUUACGAAAAGUUAUGCAUUUACAACAGGGAGAUCGAAGGCAUUUUCGCAAGAAAAAUGUUACAGAAACCAAUCUGACAGAUGAAAGAGCUGUGUACAUACCAUUGAUGUUAGCUGAAAGAGCAUGGAGUUAUGCAAUGCAACUAAGAGUUGAAGCUAAUACAGAACCAAGAAAAAAAUUUCAUUUGGUGUCUAGAUUAAGAAAAGCUGCUAGUUAUGCAAUACAACUUCAAAAGCUUUGUGAGUCUGAAAAAUUUGAUGCUCGUACUCAACUAGAAACUCAAGCUUAUGUGGCUUGGUGUGAAGGAAUGUUGCAAUUUGAACUACAAGAAUGGAAGCCAGCCAUAGAAAACUUAAAAAAAGCUCAAAUGAUUUAUGAAAAAUUAGCGUCUGCACUAAAUGAAGAAGAUGCUAUUUUAUAUAGAAAUCGAUAUGAAGAAUUAGAACCAAGCUUGCGUUUCUGUGCUUAUAAUAUUGGAAAUGAGACAGAUGUCAAUCAACUAUUACACUUGCGUAAUCAAGCACAAGGGGAUUUAUUAGUGACAUUGGAUACUUUGAUGGCGCAAACAAGAGAUUCAUUAAGUGAAGUGACUUGGAGAAAUCGUACAGUGCCCGUAAAAAAUUCUCGUGUAAGGACUUUCUUAUUAGCCAAUCGUGAUUUUAAUAGUUUGUUGGACAAAUGCACUACAUUAGCUGAAAAGAGUGAUUCAUUGGAACAACAUUUGAUGGACUGUAAAGAUGCUAUGCUAGCAAUUAGGGAUGACAUUAAAACUGAACAGAAAAUGGAUGGUUCUUCAACUUCUUCAGCAUCAUCAUUACAGUAUCUUCAUACAUAUUUGUCAUUCAUUCGUUUGGAAAGAUCAAUACAACGUAAUUUGUUGUUAAUUGAAAGUGCAUUGGAAAAUGAUGGCAAACAAGGAACAAUCGGGAGUAAGAAACUUCAAGACGUAACUAGGUUAUAUGAGAUUUUGAUACAAAAUAUUUUGGAAGAACAACAAUUGCCUGGUUUGGAAGACGAUUCAGAUUUUCAAGAAAAAUUGAUCAUUAAAGCUAAAGCUUACAAAGCAUUUAGAUGUUAUUAUAUUGGUCAGAGUUUAAGUACUCUGCAUCGUUGGAGGGAUACAAUGGCCAUGUAUGAACGAGCACUGCUUCACAUAUCUUCUGCUAUUAAUCAAGUUGAUGAUGAUUUAAAGACUCGUUUGAGUAACUUGGUGAACACCAUUGAGUCUUCAAAAUACUGCGCUCAUGCUCAAAGUGUUCUCGAACAAGAUAAUGAGGAAGAAUUGGAUAGUUUGAAAAAUGCUAAACUGCAAAAGAUGCCUUUAACAAAACGUUUGGAUGAAUACUAUGAAGAUUCAAGUAUAUUGGGUAAAGAUCCAAAUGUCAUCAAAGUACCACCUGAAAUGGAAGAAAUACCGUGCAAGCCAUUGUUCUUUGAUGUUGCAUUAAAUUUUGUUAAACUACCAGUGUUCAAGAAACAACAACCAGUUUCUGACCCAGCUAAUAAAGAAGGGAUUUCCGGGUUUGUGAAAGGUCUAUGGGGUUGGGGUGGAAAAAAAUAGUGAACAGUUAAUAAAUACAUUUAUAUUUCUGAACUUGUACAUCCAAAAAUAUGGAUAAAUUACUGUACAAUGUACAUUCAAAUAUUAUUUCAUCUUUCAACAUGGUUUAAAUAUUAAAAGUUUGUUCAAAUAAUGACAAAUUUAUACAUAAUUAAAUUUAUGAUUAAUUCAUUUUUUCUAUAUUAUGUUUAGCUGGUAAAAUAUAAUAAUUACUGCUAAUGAAAGUAGCAUUGUGUUUUUAUAACACGGAUGUUAAAUAUUAAGAAAAACAUUGUUAAUAACUAAUAACACGAUACAUAAUAUUUACAAAAUUCAUAAUAAUAAUUUGGUAAUGGUAUAUUUGAUAUUAUAAUGUUGAUGAUAUAUUAUGCACUCACGUAUAAUAUUUUAAUAUUAGUUUUUAAGCGACAGCAGUUGCAAGAGUUGAAUAUAAUAUCCAUAUGUACACGGAUGAAAAUCAAUAAAAUAUACAACAAAUUGGCAAAUCA